UACCUAGGUAAUUUCCAAACCGGAAAAUACGUGAUCUACCCCAUUAGUCGACGAAUUCUGCCAGCCGGAAAGAAGGACUAGUGCGUUAAUAUACGCCCAUCGAGAUCUGGACUUCAACUACUCCAUGAUACUGUCGCCAAUUACACACUUAAGCGAAUGCGAUAUUGAGCCACUGUCGUCAAAUUAGCCAUCUAGCAUGCCGCUUUUUGCAUUUGGCUCGAACGGCUCGGGCCAACUGGGCAUCGGACAUGAUGAAGAUGUCUCGCUCCCUACAAGAUGCCUGUUUGAAGAAGGCCAGACAUCUUCUGAAGAGGGAGAUGGCACACAGGCGAAGAAUAUCUCCCGUAUCGUUGCCGGAGGAAAUCAUAGCCUGAUCUUGUAUGAAGGCGGAUCGGUAUAUGUCGCCGGCUGUAACGAGGAUGGCAGAUGCGCACAUAAUCUCGCAACAGCGACGCUGCAGAUGUUCAAGCGCGUGAUUGUCAAAAGUGGAGAUGAUGGUACUUGCUAUGAUACGUUCAAGCACGUGUCGGCGACCUGGGAGGGGACGUUCCUGGUUGCUAGAUCUGAGGACCCGUCUGGUGAGGCGGACAGUAUAUUUGUAAUUGGUUCAGGAGCGAAAGGAGAGCUAGGACUUGGACAAGGAUGUACGAAGGCCGUCGAGCCGACAAAGAUCCCUGAUUUUCCUCCUCGAGGAACAAAAGUUGUGUCGAUUGCCAGUGGCAUGGGGCAUACCGUUGUGGUGUUGUCGAAUGGGGAGGUUUAUGGCUGGGGAGGAGCAAGGAAGGGUCAACUUGGGGAAUCAGCCAGGGGAAUGAAGAUUGUAUGGUGUCCUACAAAAGUGGAAGGGAUUCCCUUUCAAGCCAAGGGUGCGGUAUGUGGGCGCGAGUUUACAGUAAUUUCGGGCAACAAGGCCGCAGGGGAAUAUGCCAUUAUUGGCUCAUGCGAUAAUAAGUGGAAUAUACUGUCUGAUGCUCCUGCAUCCCAAUCGUUGACAGACUACCGAGGUAUAGCAGCCAGUUGGCAUGGUGUUUAUGUACAUCAGAACGACUUUUCUGUCAUCGCCUGGGGACGGAAUGAUCGAGGCCAGCUUCCUCCUCCGGACCUGCCUCGGUCUCAGAAACUGGCUGUGGGAAGUGAACAUGUUCUCGCACUUGUUGAUGAGCACACUGUUGCGGCAUUUGGGUGGGGCGAACAUGGCAACUGUGGCCCUGAUAUCGACGCGCAAGGUAACGUGAAUGGAACGUACAAGCAAGUUCCGCUUGCGACGCUUCAUGGCUCUAAGGUUGUCGGCAUUGCUGCAGGCUGUGCAACAAGCUGGAUUAUAACAUCAUGACCACCCUGCAACUAGCAAAAGCCAGGAAAUUUAAUGACUGGUUGAGUCAACUUGCGGACUGGAUCCCGUACGAUCCACCCGCUGGACUUUAAAUUGACGAUAAUGGACAUCAACAAUCUAAUCGAAGAGGCCGAGUCCACGAACCUGCUGAUUGUUAGCUCG